UUCCACCGGAUAGUCGACCAAUUGUUGUCUUAUUCAUCUGUCUAAAGAUGCACCAAUCCAAGACGGCCUGAUUUGAAGAUCCAAGGAGUGAACUGUCGAUCCUAGCCCUGCCAUUCUGCGUUCUUGUAUCUUAUACGGCACCAAGUCUUGUUGAUCUAUGGUCUCUUCUCUUACCACCUUUGCGGUUUCUAGGGUUUUUUUUUUUAUCUUGGUCCCUUCGUGCCGAUGUGAUUCAGAUUACUUUUCAACAUUGUCUCUUGUUUAAAACUAUUUCUUCCCGAUAUUCCUCGCCCUUACCAUCUCUUACAACAUCUCAUCCCUUCUUGUGACUUGAAGCAUCCAGCUGGAUCUUUACAUAGUAUAUCUCCCAGCUGGUCCCCCCUUCUUAUGUGCAUUGCAUAUUGCCCUAUCGCUAGUUCAAACGAAUCUGGUCUUACCCCUAUCUAUCCCUGAUCUAUCCCUGAUUUAUCCCUGAUCUACUACCUGGUAUUUAAGUCUUUGGGCUUACUUCUUUCUGUCGCCUAGUCGGUGAAUGAGUUGUCGAAUCGUUGAGUAAAGCGUAGCAGAGCUUGAUAUUUCAGUCGCAACAGCUCAUCGCUGCCAGAUUUUCGAGAUGGCCGGUCAAACGGUCAACGAAAACUUCAUCGAUAUUACCAUUACAACCUUCUCGUCGCCCGAACCUGAUAGCCAGCGAGGACGAAAACGCAGACGUAGCCCGCCAGAAGCCCUAGCUGUUGCGGCAGCUCGGGUACCGUCAGCGGAGUCGUCUACUUUCCGUGGACGAUGCAGGCACCGAUCAUCUUCUAGGCUCGACAUAUCCCGAAACACAUCGCGACUUAGAGGAGGAUCCUUAUCCCCAACUCGCAGGAAGUUGAUCCGUGUCGUCCAACUAAACCGUCAUCGAAGUCAAUCACCAUCCAGAUCCCGUUCUCCAAACACACUGGAAGCUCCCAAAAGGAGGCGGCAGAGAACACAAAGUCGAAGUCGAAAUCACGAAGUCGAAUCGAAGAAAGCCAUUGAGCCGAUCCCUAUCGUAGCUUCGUUCCUCCGACAUGAAAUUGUGAUCAGAAGCGAUAGUCCGUCCCGGAAGUCAACACAAGAUGAAUAAUCUAGCUGGGGCUUAAGAGACGGAAUU